AUGGACCGUACUGCGAUCGAGUCCCUCGUUGCCAAGGUGACGAAUUAUGUCAAGGACUACAUGUCCCACUACGACCCCUCCCACGACUUUGACCAUAUCCGCCGCGUUGUUCACCUCGCCUGCCACAUCCAGGCCUCAGUGCCGGGCACCUCUCGCCACAUAGUCAUCCUUUCAGCGUUACUACACGAUGUAGGUGACAAGAAGUACCUCAAGCCCGGCGAAGAUGGCUCACGUCUUGUCCACGAUGUGCUCAUCUCGCUGGGCAGCCCCGUCGACAUCGCGAAUACAGUCCAGGCGAUCUGUCUAGGUGUCAGCUACUCGGGAGAGGUCAAGGACCCAGCGCGCGUGUUGGAGCUCAUCAAGGUUUAUCCCGAGUUGGCGAUCGUGCAGGAUGCCGAUAGGCUAGAUGCUAUCGGUGCCGUGGGCAUCGGGCGGACUUUCACGUUCGGAGGUGCGAAAGGUCGGUCCCUGGAGCAGACAAUGGCACAUUUUGGAGAGAAGCUGCUUCACUUGGAGGGCAUGAUGAAGACAGAUGCCGGACGGCAGUUGGCAAAAGAGAGGACAGAUCGGCUGAGAACGAUGCAGGAGUGGUGGGCGGCGGAGACAGAUGGCAUUGGCGAUGUCAAAUGA